CGGGAUGCUGUCUCAAAAUAACGAGCUGGACCAUCCUUUCAAGUAUCUAACGAGGACAGAAAGCGUGAGGACGCGGCGUAGGACAACGUCCGUACAGUUCGGUGCCACUACUCUUUGGGAGAUCACUCAGGCUACCGCGUCUCGGCUGACGGGCAGGCACGUCGCGUGCGACCUACGCUGCGUCGCGGCAAUCUUCUCGGCCACGAUAGUGGCCCUGACGCUGAUAUUCCUCACGCCCCGCAUCCGCACGGCGCACAUCGAAGAGUGCACGACUGCCGCCUGCAACAGAGCGACGUCUUCCUUCUGGGCUCUGAUGGAGGACAGCGUGGAUCCGUGUCGGGACUUUUACGGUCACGUGUGCCAUCGCUGGGACAACAACACGGGUGGUCGCCUGACGUACCUCGACCACAGCGUGCAGAAGAUUGCGACUCGCGUCAACCAGAGCCUGCACGACGUGGACGAGUUCGGCGGCGCGUCCCACGAAAUACGUGGCGUGGCGCAGUUCUACAAGCUCUGCCUCAGAUUCGUCAGCUCCCCGGAUCGCUACAUUUCGCGAUCGCAGAUCAUGCACUCCUUUGGCGCCGAAAAGCGGGACCGGCUGUUGACGCUAACAAACUUCAGCGACAUUGUGGCGACACUCAUCGACCUGUCCCUUUCUAGAGGUUUGAACACGGUCUUCGGCGUGAAGCUCGUGCGGCGAGCCGGCGCGGCGCAAGUGAACGUGUUCCCGGGCAAGACUCUGGCCGACACACUCAGCCCCAAUUCGGCAGAUGCGUGGCGCGGUUACUUAGACAAGCUCGUAGUUGAAGUUGCCGCAGCGUACCCGUCCCGAAAUUUUGACGUAGACAGCGUACAAAGGACUGACGACACUGUGAGGCAACUGCUGGAAUCUCCCGACGUCAAUGACAAUGCUCGGGAUCAGGUCGAGGCGGGUAGCCUGAACUUCCUGGGUGACACCACGAGCGCGAACACGUGGUUUGCAGCUGUCAACUCUCACCUGCCCUCCGACGAACACCUCAGCGGUAAAUCAAAAGUCUUGGUUACCAGUUACAGAAACGUGCGCAACGUGCUGCAGUUCCUAGGCAGCCUCGCCGACUACGGAGUGGCCUACCUCUACCUGCACUUGCUGCUCGAGGUGUUCCGCUUCGACUACGUGCGCAGCCUGCAAAAUCGCAGCCCAGUAGACCAAGUCAGGGAAUGUCUGCAGGCGAGCCAAGACGCCAUAUGGCACACGAGGAACAUCCUCACAACGAAUAUAUUCGGCGGCCGCAGCAAAGGAACUGGCGAAACAGCCUACAUUUUACGUCUCAUUGCCGAAGCGGCUUCCAGAGGGGUCACCCAGUGGCUGAAUUGGAUGGGAGAGAAGACGCGUCGCCAAGCGCACAAGAUGUUUUCGACUGUGUCGCUUCACGUUCACGAAUGGCAUGCCUGGGACGCCACAAGCGCCGCCAUCGGCGAGCGCGCAGAGGCGCUGGCGUCGGGCGCACGAACCGUCGACUUUCCGUCCGUCUACGUGCGCCUGAAGGAAGAGCAGAAUCGUGCCUUCCUCAACAACACCCGUGCUGACAGCGACGCCGACGACAUGCUGCACGUCUUGGACAGAGGCGUCCUAUAUGAUGCGGGAGCCAACCAGGCGAUAGUACCACCUGCCCUGCGCGUUGAACCAGUGCUAUAUACGGAUGACGUUCCUUUCGCCUUUUCUGCCGGCACCCUUGGAACCCUCAUAGCCACAGAGCUCUACCGCGCAGCUAUCCCAGAUCCAGGAUCACCUAUGUGGAAUCUUCAGCAGCAAGCUGUCAUGGCCAAAUUUCAAGAUUGCGCAGAAAAGCUGGCUGACGAUGCGCUCAACAUUUCGCUUGUGGCGUUAGGUGACGGGCGCCUUGACGGCCGGAGUCUUCCCUCGCAUAUCUUUUGGAUGCUUGCGGCAAGGACAGCCUACGAAACACUGCGUUUAGCUACUUUGAGCUUCAAACGUGCAAGUAACUGGCCCAGUUAUUGGAAGAAAUGGCAGAGAACUUUCUUCAGGCGUUUCUGCCUCCUUUCUUGCGGCUCUGUAGAAGACAGCGGGAGACCAGGUGUUACGUUAAAGGUUCUGUGCCUUCUGACCAUCGCGAGUAUGCCGGAGUUUUCGCAGGCCUUUGACUGCCGGGAUCAUAGCACGGCUCUUAAGUAUACUACUUGUAUAUUUAACUAAGAACUGCUAUUAUACUGAGAACAAUGCAUGUCAUUUUUCAUUAUAAUUCCUGAAGUUUAUACUUUGGCGACAAACUAAUGUACAUCUGUAUUUCUUUGUUGCUUUUAUACACUGCCCGAAUUUAUUUACAUUUUCAAAAUGAUAUCUAUGAAUCACGUGUAACGGGUGCUUGUUAUACUACUCGCACUAAUUUUGUUGAGUGAACGUGUAGUCCGAUCUCAUUGUUGAGUGACAGGUCCCGUGAAGGUGAUCGGAUUUCACCUGAAGACAGCGUUGUGCAGUUGUGUAAAAAGGAACUGUGAGCACACGAAAAAAACGGUGCACUUGUUUGUAAAAAUUACAUUCGCAAGAGCAAGUCAUCUGUACCUCUUAUGCAACGAUGUGCUCAAUGUACUCUGAGAACUCGGUCUGCUUGAGGCCUUCUUCGCCAUAUCCACAAAUCUUGGUCUCUAAAGUUGGUGUGAUGAUCGAGGCUAUUGAAAAGCAUUGGAGCGGAUAUCAGGAGACAUAUUCUGGGUGUUCUUGGCUUGGGGUGUUACAUAGAGACGCAUGUUUUGAAUUUGUUGUGAUUAGUGUACCUCGUGGUCUGUUGAAUUACUGUUGUUUGUAACGCGGCGUGGGUACUGAACGGACCGGUAGCACAUCCAAGAACUCGUACCGCAUUUGGCAGUCGGCGUAACCACAAAGUACAGGAAAGGACUCGGCGUAGCUAUGUUUGUGCGUUCAGUGCCAAGCAUGCGACGACAAAAAAACACCUCUCGGCAGAAGCUGGGGAAGACACGAAUUGGCGACAACCGCCGGUGUAUCGUUCGUGUAGUGAAAGGUCUUUCGUCCUCUACAUUAGAGGCUGCACAUCGUCUUCGUGCGAUAAAUAUCUUUCGACGUA